GCGCAGCGCGCCCCAGAGCAGAGCCGCGCAGGAGGAGAAGGAGAAGCAGAAGCAGCAGCAGUCGGUCGCGGGCGGAGACGGAGCGCAGCGCCCGGACAGGCCCCCCUCGCCGUUCUCCACCGCUGACAGCCCCAGCACAGAGGGCAGAAAGAUGAAUCCCACCAUCAGCAUCGCUGUCAUCCUGACAGUGCUGCAGGUUGCCCAUUGCCAGAAGAUCAAGGAGCUGAGCGCCUGCUUGCUGGGUCAGAACCUGCGCGUGGACUGCCGCUACGAAAACAAGACCAGCAACUUCCUGACGUACGAUUUCAGCGUGCUCAAGGAAAACAGGAAGCGGGUGAUCCAGAGCAACCUGAACGUCCCUGAGAACAGCCUCAAGACCCGAUCCAACAUCACCCUGUCCAAGGACCUGGCGUGCCUGCAGCUGUUCGACUUCACCACCGCAGACGAGGGCAUCUACAUCUGCGAGCUGAAGAUCACCGGUGACUACACCGGCAACCAGAUAAGGAACAUCACCGUCAUCAAAGACAAGCUGGAGAAAUGUGCUGGCAUCAGCCUCUUGAUUCAGAACACUUCCUGGUUGCUGCUCCUGCUCCUGUCUCUGCCGCUCCUGCAAGCUGUGGACUUCGUGUCCCUGUGAAGGGAAGGAGCGACCGAACCGCCCAGCCGAGCCCCGCCGCCCCAACGUGGCCCUUUGCAAGAGAAGACCAUGAACGAUUUGAAACCAAGGAAAUCUCUCUCUGUGUAUAUCUCUCUAUAUAGCUGUAUAUCUACCGAGCCCGCCCGCCCUGCCCUCACACCACACGUCCGAAACACGCUGGGGGCUGGGGUGGGUGUAUUAAGCAGUAUUAAAGGACCCAACGCAUGGCAGCAUUCCCUCGCGCUCUGCUAGAUGGUGCAGCUUCUUCCAUAGCACGUUCUGUUUGUUUCUUUGUCCCGGUGGCAGGGGGAUCUAUAGCCUCGAGGGAGCAGCUUGUCUUGUCCCCGUUUUUUGUCUUUCAAGGAGGGCAAGACAGGGGCCCCAGACCCGACUCUGGUAAAAGAGAGAGGAUCAAAGAGUUAGGGGACCAACUGGGAAGUCCUGGCUACCACCCCAGCCUGGAGAACAGAUGCUCGCUCAGCAACACAAGGUUGCCCAGUGUAAAGGCUUGUCCUGACCUAGGCAAUGUCAGGCAAAGGGGAUAGAGUAGGGUGCACUAGCUUUUCACCUCUGGGGAGCUGGGUUUGAAUCCUGCCUGGUGAGAUGAAUUUGGUGGGCUCUCAGCCUGUUCUUAGCAGCCAUCACUUCCGUAUUGCACAAAGCCAUGAUCAUUGGUAUGACUGCUUCACCUGCAUAGGAAAGGGCCAGCAUUGAAACAGAUCAGUCUUGGGGGUGUGAGCAACAAGGACACUUUAAUACAGAGACAGCAAGGGGUGCUGAAGGUCUCAAGUUUGUGGUGCAGGGAUAGACAGAUGGAGGGGGCCUCAGCACUGAAACAGCAAGGGGUGUGGAAGGUUUUAUGCAGGGCUGCAGAUGCACCUCUGUCCUAAGGACACUUGCCCAUCACUCAUCCAUGCUCCGCUGGGCUUAAGCCCUCACCGUAAGAUCAGAGGAUGGCAGUUGCUAUAGGAGUUGGUUGUUUUUUAAAUUAAUCCUGAACUAAGGAACUGAGGCAGCAGCCCUUUAAACUAAUCAGUGUGCCAAGGCCUAGAGCUCCUUGGGCAUUGACUAAUCCUGCUCCGUGGAGACUAGGGGUUAGCUGUGAAGGGAGACCCCUUGCUGAGCUGGGGCCAGCACGGCUCACUGCAUGAUCUCCAGGCAGUGGUCCCCUGGGCGGAGACACAGAUAGCACUUGCAUCUUCCUUUCACCCCAGCUUGCAAGGGUGUGUGUGUGUGUGUGAGAAAACGAGUGGGGGGGGGGGGACAGCUUGCUCCCAGAGAAGAAGCCACUGUCCUUGGGGAGAGAGGAGAUACAGCGAUAGGGAUGGGGGCCUAGGCAGCUGCCACCUCCCACUCCUCUGGCACCCGUGGAAGCUGCUCUGUGACAUGCCCCCAUUAACACACAUGGCUGUCUCCUGCUGGGGCUGACGCCAAGCCACAGGCUCUCAUCCCUGCAUGCCACCCUUUGGGUUUGACUCCAGGCACUAGCGAGACCAGCCCACAUGGCUCCGCUCCUUGUCCUCCUUCAGCCCAGUCCCGCUCCCGAGUCGUGCUAGUGGGGGGGUGGGGAGAAGGCUGCAGCCUUCCUCCCUUGCAGGUUAACAGAUUCCGGUGCGGGCCUGUUCCUUAGCACAACCUUCCCUCUCAUUAGGAGCCUAAAGGGCCUAGGCAGGUGUUUCCUGUGGACACUGGUUAGCUGUAGGGGGAGCGAAUGCAUCCCAAACCACAAAAUGACCCCAAGCUUAGAGAGCGUCCCCAGCUCGAGACAGGGUCUGGACAAGGCCUACACGUCCCCCAGCAAGCUGGGGGUCAAAUGCCCCAGGACUUACUCCUGAGCCCACCUACCUAGCAGGGGCAGGCUAGAUGGUGGAGGGUAUUACAUAGCUCUCUCCUGAGCACCAAAGGCAUCUCACCCAGGGGUGGGCAAAAACAGCCUCUGCGGCAUGGGGGAGCAGAGGUCCCACUCAGCCCGCUGCCAUGCAGGUGAGGCAAUGGGAACCCAAGAUCACCUGCAUGGGAACUGACCAGGGCAAGACCUGGUGGAGCUGGAAGGGUUAAUAGUGACCGGGGGUGGGGGCGGUGUGCAGGCCCCAGCUAAUUGUAAUGUGCCCCCCCCCUCCGAUUGUGUGUGCUGAGCUUGAGACAACUGCAGUGCCAAGAGCCCUGGUGGCUGGCUAGGGGAGCUGCUUUCUUCCGUGAUGCCCCGCGCCCUGCUUGUUCGCUGUACAAUGCCCAGGUAUCUCUCUGCUGUACUGCUCAGGUAUCUCUCCGUGUACAUCUCCCACCAGCCAGCCCGGGCCUGAUGGUGAAUGCAAGGGAGGGAAGGGGAGGGUCAGACCCAGCCAACCCACACCGACGUGUCCUAGUCUUGUUUCGUGAACAUUUGUAGUGUUUCCACAGCUUGGUGUACGAGAAAUGCUGUUCAAGGGGGGAAAACAAGAACAACAAAAGAGCCUGUCUGCACAAUAAAUCCCUCGGUUGUGUGUUGGA